GCUUAAUACACAAGAGUCACGAGCAUUGAAUCACAAAUUGUUGUUUGUCAUUCACCAAUCUGACAAAAUUAGCAUUGAAACGGAUGUACGUUACUUUCGUUUCUUUAACAUUAUAAAACAGUAACAUCCGUGCAUGAUAUUAUAAGAUUGUAUUGUGAGAUAAUACUAUCGAUCGAAAAAACAAUAUGGCGACCACGAUAAAUAUCUAGGAAAUGUCAAAUCCAAAAUAAAAAUCAACAUUAUCAGAGUAUGACGUAUACAAAGAUUUUAAUAAUGUAAACAUAAUGUAGUGCAAAUCAGAACAUAAAAAAUAAUUAUAAGUGACCUGAAUAUCUUUAAUACCUUAAAUUUGAUAACCUUACAUGUUAACAUAAUGAACUUUGAAAGAUUCUACAAUUAUUGUUUGUUUUAAAAUAAUUAAUAAAAAAUUUAUUGCUAAAUGAAUAAACAAAACACAGCUCAAAUGUCACUCGAUGAUGACUUUGAUAGACCAUUUGAAGAUGUGGAACCUCUACAAUGGGGCGCAUUACGCGAAUUAUGUCAUGCUAAUGCAGAAUAUUUCAUGCCACAUCAAGAUGAGAACAGUAUUAGAAUUAGAGCUGCACUUAUGGCUAUACUAGAUCAUUUGAUACAAUUACAACCAUUAUAUAAAGAAAUUAGUAGAAUUGCACCAAUGUUUGAUCUUGAUGUUCAGACACCUGGUAAUGGAUAUAGAAGUUUUCUGGUGCUAAUAGACAAAUGCAUUAUUCAUUCUCGUUCAAUCUGUCAUCAAAUAUAUUGUCAAAAAGAUUCUAUAUUUUUUCGUAAAAGUUAUCACAUGAGGGAAAUUGAAGCUUGCUCACAAUUGUUGGCAUCUUUGUGCACUUGCUUAGAGCAUUUACAAACUCUUUAUUCAUGGAGUGAAUAUAUAAAUGAUGGAAAACCAUCUCUUUUUAUAGGUGAUAAUCAUAAUCCUCAUGAAAUUUUAAAUAAAGUAGAAACCAUAAAUCAGUAUUGUUUUUAUGGUAGAUGUUUAGGAUUUCAGUUUCAUGAUAAUUUAAAACCUAUUUUAAAGACUAUAUUGGUUUGUAUGGCAACAUUCAGUGAAGCAUUUUAUGCUAAUGGUACAUUGCUAGCAAGAUGUGCUAAUUCUGUCAAAUAUAUGUUAGAUCCUGAAAUAAGAGCUCGUCGUAUCGUCGAUGUAUCUCAACGUGCUGACAUUUCAUUUUGUCAAGCUUUUUGGUUUCUGAAUGAGACUGAUAUUGCACGGAAGUUGCCCGCUAUAACAUCUUCUUCUUUGGCAAUAAAUCAAGUAAUUUCUAUUCCACCUGAAGAGUUGACACUUUCUACAUUAAAUGGAUCAACUAUAUCAAUUCCUAUACCAAAUAGUCAUAUCGGAAAAAAGCCGAUACACGUUAGACUUUUAAGUUCUAAACGUCGUUUAGGAAUGGUUGGUUCAGGUGGAGUAGGGGGAGAAUUGCAUGGAUUGUCCAAUGAAUUGAUAAUUCAUUGUCAUGGUGGAGGUUUUGUAGCACAAACUUCUUUAUCUCAUGAAACAUAUUUACGCGGUUGGGCCAUAAGUCUUGGUAUACCUAUUUUAAGUAUAGAUUACAGUUUAGCGCCUGAAGCUCCAUUUCCUCGUGCGCUCGAAGAAGUGCUAUAUGCAUAUGCAUGGGCUUUAAAUCAUGCAAGUACAUUGCUUGGAAGUACAGCUCAAAAAAUACUUCUUGCUGGUGAUUCUGCUGGGGCCAAUUUAAACUUGGGAAUUACUUUAAAAUGUUUACAAUUAAAUAUUAGAAAACCUGAUGGAAUAUUUAUGGCAUAUACACCAGUACUUGUUGAUUUUGUAUUAUCACCUUCGCGAUUGCUUUGCCUAUCAGAUCCAUUAUUACCUAUGGGAUUUCUUUUACGUUGUUUGAAAGCAUAUAUUCCUUCAGAUAAUAAAAAAGUUACACGAGAAAAAGAACAUGAUGUUGCCGAAUGUAUAAAAUCAGAUUCAGAAUCUUUUGCUGAAGUAAGUGAAAGUGAUUUAAUAGCAUUAGCUCUGAGUCCUAAUGGAGAUGAAACAAAUGAUGCACAUAAAUUAGCAUCUUUACCAUCUGAUUCAACUUUGAAUUCUGUUACUUUAACAGAAGCUGAUGGAAUGGAACAUCUACAGGACGAAGCAAAAUCUCAAGAAUAUAUUAAUAAAUUUUUUGAACUUUAUCGAAAUUGUGGAACAAAUACUUCAACACAUAUUGGAAAUGGUACUAUUAGUGAAGAUAACAAUAUUUCGAAAAAUGAUAGAUCGUGGUCUUUUUUUGGAUGGUCUCUCAGUGGAAGGCACAAAGAAUCCAGAGAAUUAGAUACAGAAAAUAUAAAAAGUCCUUUGGAAGAAUUUAUAUUCACAGUACCCAGAGAUCCAUAUUUAAGUCCUUAUCUUGCAUCGGAUAAUCUUUUAGCACAAUUACCACCUAUUAAAAUGCUUACAUUAGAAUUGGAUCCAUGCCUUGAUGACUCGGUUAUGUUCGCAAGAAAACUUCGAUUGCUUGGUGUAUCAGUCACGCUUGAUAUAUUGCCAGGUUUACCACAUGGAUUUCUUAAUUUAACACCAGUUUCAAAAGAAGCAAGUGAAGGAUCAGAUCUAUGCGCAAAAAGAUUGCAAGAAUUAUUGGCAUUAUAAUUAUAUGCAUGGAGCAAAUAUUCGUUGAAGAUUAAAUGUUAAUAUGCAGGAACAAAUUUUCUUUGCUAUAAUUGUUCCUUUAGAUAUCAAUUUUAAUUAAUUUUUUAUGUACAAA